AUGAUCCGCCACGACUACUCCCGAGUUGACCCCAAGCGCCGCGCCAAUCUCGACUACAAGAAGCGGCAAUUCGCCAAAGCAGAAUUCCAGCAACAAACCUAUGAACACCGCCUCAAUUUCUACGUGCUGCCACCAACGGCUGAGAUUACGCUUGAGGAGUUUGAGACAUGGGCAAUCAAUCGAUUAAAGGUUCUUUCCGAACUCGAAGCCUGCAGUUUCCGCAACAAAGGCCCCGAAGAAACCGCCGAAUACAUGAAGAGCAUACUAGACAAGUAUUUACCGUUGCGAUCAGCUUCGACCAGAAGUCAAAAACUACAGGAAGAGAGGAAGAGAGACCAUUAUUCGCACUUCAUACUACGACUAGCAUUUUCGUCAACAGAAGACCUCCGCCGGCGGUUUUCACGAUUGGAAACUAUGCUGUUCACGCUACGAUUCAAGGACGACGAUCUACGGGAACGACAGGACUUUGUACGGACUCUCAAUCUAGAGUGGGAGGAGGUCAAGGACGAUGAGAAGCGAGAGCUGAAAGACGAACUGCAUGCGGCGAGUGGCAUCAAAAAGACUGAGGACCAGGAGUGGUUCAAGGUUGAUUGGGAAAGGGUUCCUGAACUUGUUGGGCAAAGAAAGGUUCUGCUCAAGAGGGGGAAGGCCUAUGUACCACAGCGGGAGCAGAUGAGUCUAGUAGUUGCCGAGUUUACCAAGAAGCUCGACGAGGCGCUGGAGCUAACAGCACGCGCACUUCCCCGCCUCGACGAAGACGAUCGCCUCGCACCCAUCCUUGCCCACCUUUCACAAUCCUUCACAGCUCCCGACGCCGCCUACUCCACCUCGGACGCCAACAUUGACGGUCUCUCUACCAUAACCGCAAACAGCAUCGACAUGCUCUCGCAAAACUUCCCUCUCUGCAUGCGCAACCUUCACAUAACAUUACGGGAGAACUCGCACCUGAAGCACUACGGCCGUCUGCAAUACACCCUCUUCCUCAAAGGCAUCGGUCUCACCCUAGACGAAUGCAUCGUCUUCUGGCGCCGCAGCUUCAAGCUCAUCACCGACGAGAAAUUUCAAAAGGAAUACAAAUACAACAUUCGUCACGCAUACGGAGACGUGGGCGGUGACGUAAACCGUCGUGGCCGCGGAUACACGCCGUAUUCGUGUCAGAAAUUACUUACAGAGCCACUUCCCGGGCCGGGCCAAUCCCACGGCUGCCCUUACCGCACAUUCCAGUCGGAUAACCUCAUCACAAUGCUGCAGCGUGUCGGUGUCAACGAUAGAGAUGUACUCAAGACGGUCAAGGAUGAUGUGACCAAGCAGAGGUAUCACGUAGCAUGUAAUAGGGUGUUUGAGUGGAGUCAUAAGAAGGAGAUCAAGAAGGUUAAAGAUGAUGGAAGCUGGAGUAAUAAUGACUUGGAUACCAUUGUGCAUCCAAAUACGUAUUUUAAGAGAAGUUGGCUGUUGAAGCAUCUGGGUGAGGGAAAUGCAGGGAUUGUGGGGGGUGGGGAGAGGAUGGAGGAGUAG